AUGGCUGAAAGAAUAUUUUGGGGGUGUAUUAUUGCUAUUUGUGUUUUAAUGUCAAUAAUCACGACAGAAUGGAUGUUUAAUGAUUAUUUAGAACAUCAAACAGCUACAUUAAUUACUAUAGAACAAAGGCAACGAAAUCAAGGGUUUAAACACAAUAAAUUUAAUAAAUUUUUCUUUUUGUUUUUUAGAGAAAGAGGGUUGCCAAUGCCUGUUUUAGUUAUUUGUCCAAAAAAUCCAGAUUCUCUAAAAUAUAAUUUAAUACUUAAAGAUAUUAAUCGCCGCCUUCCUCGUAUGGAUCGAGUAACGAUAGGGCGAUUAAUUAGUUUUGCUAUUGCUGGGGCAGGUUUUAGUAAUGUUGGGCAAUUUAUGAGACGAAGAAUCAAAGAAAAUAUUAGUGAUCAUCAGACCCAACAUCUUUAUUCACUAUUUCGCCGCUGGCGUGGCUAUCGAAGUCUCAGUGAAUUUUAUGAUACUUUAUUUAAUAAAUAUGGAUAUACAUGCAAAGAUUUAUUCCAAAAAUGUUUAUACGGAUAUGAGGAAAUACCUUGUUGUGAUAUUUUUCGCCCUCAUUAUGUUAUGCUGCGAGGACGCUGUAUGAGAUUAAGAUAUAUUAUGCAUCAAACUGAUCCUGCUGAUAUUGGAAGAAUUGAUGUUUAUUUGAAUCAAUUGCCUAGUCGUCUCACUGAUAAAUCAGGAAUGCAACCACAAAUUGUUGCCUAUAUAACAGAUGAACAUCAAGCAGUCGGUACAUUCCCUCGUUAUUAUGUCCAUUUUCAUUCUGCUGUAUUAUUACGUGCUAGAAAUAGACAAAUAAGUAUGUUGCCUGAUAAUGAUCAAUGUUAUAGUAAUUAUGGGAAAGAUUAUAAAGGAAGAAGUUCGUGUUGGGUAAAACGUUGGUUACAUGAAAAAAUUGUAGAACCGUUUAACUGUACAGUUUUCUAUCUUGGCAGAAAUAGAUACAAUUAUUUACCCAUUUGUGAACCUAUUACUAUUGUUAGAAAUUAUUUAGAUGUUACAAAUUUAAGAUUGGAUAAUGAUACACGAAAAAGAUGUAAACCUGCCUGUAUUCGAUCUGAACAUACAUUUCAAGAGUUUAGACCAAAAGGGUCUGUAAUGAAACGUAAUUAUAUGCCGGCAUUUCGAAUUGAAAUAUCUUUUACUAAUUUAGAGAUAGAGGUAUAUCAGGAAGUAUUGACAACAACAUUACCUGGAUUUGUUUCUCAAUUGGGUGGACAAUCAGGGUUAUUUGUUGGACUUUCUGUUUGUUCUAUAAUACAAAUAGGUAUUUCAAUUGCUUGGAAAUUGCAUUUGUGGUAUAAAAGAUUUUUUGAUGGAAGGGGAAAUGAAAAAAUUUGA